AUGAAAGUCCCUGGAAUGACUGCAAGUCUAAUGCUUGCUGCCGGCCUGCUCAGUUCAGGUUCAGCAGCUUGCGACGACAUCAUUCCCAUGCAAGUCCGCUUGGCUUAUGCCGGUCCAAAGGGAAUGGUUGUUAGUUGGAACACUUUCUCAGAGUUGGAACGGCCUGUAGUCCAUUAUGGUCGAUUUCCCGAUGCUUUGAUUCACGAAGCAUCAUCAGAUGUGUCUGUCACUUACCCAACGUCAACCACGUACAACAACCAUGUUACCCUCCAGGACUUGGAGGAGGACACGGUUUACUAUUAUCUUCCAGAACAUAGCAAUGCUACUGAGCCUUAUACGUUCCGAACUAGUCGUCGUGCUGGUGACAAGACCCCUUUCGCAAUGGCAGUGGUUGUUGACAUGGGUCUUAUUGGGCCGGGUGGUCUCAGCACGCGGGUCGGAAAUGGUGGCGCAAACCCGCUCGGCCCCAAUGAUACCAACACUAUCCAGUCUUUAGAGCAAAACCUUGAUGGCAUAGAUUUUAUUUGGCAUCCGGGUGAUAUUGCUUAUGCAGACUACUGGCUAAAGGAAGAGAUCCAAGGUUAUCUUCCUAACACGACUAUUUCCGAUGGUUAUAAGGUCUAUGAGUCUCUUCUGAACCAUUAUUACGAUGAAAUUACUCCUCUCACCUCCGUUAAGCCGUAUAUGGUUGGUCCUGGUAACCAUGAAGCGAAUUGUGACAAUGGCGGUACAACCGAUAAGAGCCAUAACAUCUCCUACACAGUUGACAUCUGCGUACCUGGUCAGACCAAUUUUACCGGUUAUAUCAACCAUUUCCGUAUGCCUAGUCCUCAAUCAGGGGGAUUAGGUAAUUUCUGGUACUCGUUUGACCAUGGUAUGGUGCACUAUAUUCAGCUUGACACUGAAACCGACUUAGGUCACGGCUUUAUUUCUCCAGAUGAGCCUGGUGGCCCUGAAUCCGAAAAUUCUGGCCCGUUUAGCACUCUCCGAGAUGCCCAGACGAACUGGUUACAAAAAGACCUUGCGGAUGUAGACCGCAAGAAGACCCCAUGGGUUGUCGUUUCCGGUCACCGACCCUGGUAUGUCAGCGCUUCUAACAGAAGCAGCACAAUUUGUGAGGAGUGUCGUGAAGUCUUCGAGCCUCUUUUCUUGCAGUAUCACGUAGACCUUGUUCUGUCCGGACAUGUGCACGCGUAUGAGCGAAAUUCACCCAUGGCCCACUUCGACAUUGACCCAAAGGGACUUGACAAUCCCAGCAGCCCUUGGUAUAUCACGAACGGUGCAGCAGGACACUACGAUGGUCUCGACAAGUUGGUCCGUCCCCUUCAGCAAUACAGUCAAUUUGCUCAAGAUUCUGCUUAUGGCUGGAGCCGGCUGACAUUCCAUAAUUGCACUCACUUGACGCACGAGUUCGUCGCUAGUCGGAAUGGAUCUGUCCUUGAUACCGCAACGCUAUACAAGGACCGCAAGUGUGUCGGAGAGAACCAUGAGUAG